CGUGUGAGGUGGGUUUCUAUAAGCCGAUGGCAGGUGAUGGGUCGUGUGGGAGGUGUCCUCUACACAGCCACUCAGAGACCAGAGCUGCCCUCUACUGCCCCUGUGACACCAGCCACUACAGGGCCCCCACAGACCCCCCUGCCGCACCCUGCACAAGUACGUAACUCACAAACGCACGCAGGCAUGCACACACACAGACCGACCAAUCCGCUGCACAGUAGGUCCACCUCUCUCACACAUGGCCUGGGUGACCUGGGUGAUUUGGUUAACUGGGCAUAUGCUACUUUUCGAUGAAAUUUUGAUUAGAAUUUUCCUUUUAGAGGGCCUCUCUAAACACUAGAUGAACAUAAACAUUUGAAAGAGAUAAUAGAAGCACAUUCCACUGGUUCAGGUGAUAGUCAGGAAGAAACACAUUAAAAUAUACACCUCUUUCUCUCUUUCCUCUCCUCAGGCCCCCCAACAGCUCCAGUAAACGUGAUAUCGUCGGUUAACGGUACGUCAGUGAAUCUGGAGUGGGGGCGACCGAUGGACUCGGGGGGUCGCAGUGACCUGCUGUACAGUGUGCUCUGUCAGAAGUGCUCUGGGGAGGGGGGGCAGUGUGAGGACUGUACAGCAGGGAUGGGGAGAACUGGUGGGGGAGAGGGGAUGGGAGGAGGGGGUGGAGGGACGGUGGACCACUCUGGGGUGGUCCCGGUGCGGUUUGUUCCCCGGCAGAGCUCGCUGACCGAACCCUGGGUGACAGUUCUAAACCUGGUUGCCCACGCCAACUAUACCUUUCGUAUCCUAGCGAUGAAUGCGGUGACUCACUUAAGCAAUGAGCCGGCGCCCUUCACAUCUGUCAACAUCACCACGAACCAGGCAGGUAGGGGACACCUGUAUGGAUUUAAAACAUAUACAUUUAAUCAUGUAGGUUGUUUUACCUGUGGAUGAAACACAUACAGUUUACACAUUAAAAAUAACAUCUCAACAGCUAGGCUGCAUGAUACAUACAGUGCAUUCGGAAAGUAUUCAGACCCCUUGACUUUUUCAAAAUUUUCAUACGUUACAGCCUUAUUCUAAAAUUGAUUGAAUAAAACAUUUUCCUCAUCUAUCUACACACAAUACCCCAUAAUGACAAAGCAAAAACAGGUUUUUAGAAAUUUUUGCAAAUGUAUUAAAAAUAAAAAACUGAACUACCUUAUUUACAUAAGUAUUCAGACCCUUUGCUAUGAGACUCGAAACAGGUGCAUCCUGUUUCCAUUGAUCAUCCUUGAGAUGUUUCUUCAACUUGAUUGGAGUCCACCUGUGGUAAAUUCAAUUGAUUGGACAUGAUUUGGAAAGGCACAUACCUGUCUAUAUAAGGUCCCACAGUUGACAAUGCAUGUCAGAGCAAAAACCAAGCUCUGAGACAGGAUUGUGUCGAGACACAGAUCUGGGGAAGGGCACCAAAAAAUGUCUGUAGCAUUGAAGGUCCCCAAGAACAUUCUUAAAUGUUAGAAGUUUGGAACCACCAAGACUCUUCCGAGAGCUGGCCGCCCGGCCAAACUGAGCAAUUGGGGGAGAAGGGCCUUGGUCAGGGAGGUGACCAAGAACCUGAUGGUCACUCUGACCAAGCUCCAGAGUUCCUCUGUGGAGAUGGGAUAACCUUCCAGAAGGACAACCAUCUCUGCAGCACUCCACCAAUCAGGCCUUUAUGGUAGAGUGGCCAGACGGAAGUAACUCCUUAGUAAAAGGUACAUGACAGCCCAAAAGGCACCUAAAGGACUCUCAGACCAUGAGAAACAAGAUUCUCUGGUCUGAUGAAACCAAGAUUGAACUCUUUGGCCUGAAUGCCAAAUGUCACGUCUGGAGGAAACCUGGCACCAUCCCUAUGGCGAAGCAUGGUGGUGGCAUGCUGUGGGGAUGGUUUUCAGCGGCAGGGACUAGGAGACUAGUCAGGAUCGAGGGAAAGAUGAACUGAGCAAAGUACAGAGAGAUCCUUGAUGAAAAACUGCUCCAGAGUGCUCAGGACCUCAGACUGGGGCGAAGGUUCACCUUACAACAGGACAACGACCCAAAGUACACAGCCAAGACAACGCAGGAGUGGCUUCAGGACAUCUCUGAAUGUCCUUGAGUGGCCCAGCCAGAGCCCGGACUUGAACCCGAUCGAACAUCUCUGGAGAGACCUGAAAAUAGCUGUGAAGCGACACUCCCCAUCCAACCUGACAGUGCUAGAAAGGAUCUGCAGAGAAGAAUGGGAGAAACUCCCCAAAUACAGGUAUGCCAAGCUUGUAGCUUCAUACCCAAGAAGACUCGAGGCUGUAAUCGCUGCCAAUGGUGCUUCAACAAAAUACUGAGUAAAGGGUCUGAAUACUUAUGUAAAUGUGAUAUUUCAGUUAUUUAUGUUUAAUACAUUUGCCAACAUUUCUAAAAACCUGUUUUCAUUAUGGGGUAUUGUGUAGAUUGAUAAGGGGGAAAAUAACAAUUUAAUCAAUUUUAACAAAAUUUGGAAAAAGUCAAGGGGUCUGAAUACUUUCCGAAUGCACCGUAUUUGGACAUAUAUUGACGCAUUGUAGUUGGAUAGCCACCCUGUGGUCCAUGGAACAUUGAUGUAUGUAUGUUCUGGUUUUCUUUUCUUUUUUAUGUGUGUGUGUACUUCCUGUUUCCUGCUUUCUGUUCAGCCCCUUCCCAGGUGAUAGCCAUUCGCCAGGAGAACGCCAGUCAGAACAGCGUCACUCUGCAGUGGCACGAGCCUGACCAACCCAAUGGAGUCAUAAUGGAGUAUGACAUCAAAUACUACGAGAAGGUACAGUAGAUACAUACAGUAGAUACAUACAGUAGAUACAUAUAUGCGUGUCUGUGUCUCUCUGUCUGUGUUUAUGUAUGUGGAUUGAUUUGUGAAAGUGACUGCAAGCAUGUGAGUAAGCCUGGCAGCGAAGACAAGCUUAUUGCUUUGUGGUUCUGCAUACUCUGACACACAGCUAAUGAGUUAAGAGUGAUCUGAGCAACACACACAUAGACCAGCAUCCCAACAGUGGGGGUGGUCCCUAGAGACUUGAGGUUGUGUGUAUAGAGUGAAUAGUGUCAUGAACACACACACGCCUGGAUGGUGUAGACAGAUCAGUGUGGCUGCUGUGUUGGUACAGUUGAAGUCGGAAGUUUACAUACACUUAGUCAUUAAAACUUGUUUUUCAUCCACUCCACACAUUUCUUGUUAACAAACUAUAGUUUUGGCAAGUCGGUUAGGACAUCUACUUUGUGCAUGACACAAGUAAUUUUUCCAACAUUUGUUUAUAGACAGAUUAUUUCACUGUAUCACAAUUCCAGUGGGUCAGAAGUUUACAUACACUAAAGUGACUGUGCCUUUAAACAGCUUGGAAAAUGCCAGAAAAUUAUGCAAUGGCUUUAGAAGCUUCUGAUAGGCUAAUUGACAUCAUUUGAGUCAAUUGGAGGUGUACCUGUGGAUGUAUUUCAAGGCCUACCAUCAAACUCAGUGCCUCUUUGCUUGACAUCAUGGGAAAAUCAAAAGAAAUCAGCCAAGACCUCAGAAAAAAAAUUGUAGACCUCCACAAGUCUAGUUCAUCCUUGGGAGCAAUUUCCAAAAGCCUGAAGGUAACACGUUCAUCUGUACAAACAAUAGUACGCAAGUAUAAACACCAUGGGACCACGCGGCCGUCAUACCGCUCAGGAAGGAGAUGCGUUCUGUCUCGUAGAGAUUAACGUACUUUGGUGCAAAAAGUGCAAAUCAAUCCCAGAACAACAGAAAAGGACCUUGUGAAGAUGCUGGAGGAAAUAGGUACAAAAGUAUCUAUGUCCACAGUAAAACGAGUCCUAUAUCGACAUAACCUGAAAGGCCGCUCAGUAAGGAAGAAGCCACUGCUCCAAAACCGCCAGAAAAAAGCCAGACUACGGUUUGCAACUGCACAUGGGGACAAAGAUCAUACUUUUUGGAGAAAUGUCCUCUGGUCUGAUUAAACAAAAAUAGAACUGUUUGGCCAUAAUGACCAUCGUUAAGUUUGGAGGAAAAAGGGGGUGCUUGCAAGCCGAAGAACACCAUCCCAACCGUGAAGUACGGGGGUGGCAGCAUCAUAAUAAUAAUAAUAAUAAUAAUAAUAUGCCAUUUAGCAGACGCUUUUAUCCAAAGCGACUUACAGUCAUGCGUGCAAUAAUUUUUGUGUAUGGGUGGUCCUGGGGAUCGAACCCACUACCUUGGCGUUACAAGCGCCAUGCUCUACCAGCUGAGCUACAGAGGACCACAUGCUGUGGGGGUGCUUUGCUGCAGGAGGGACUGGUGCACUUCACAAAAUAGAUGGCAUCAUGAGGAAGGAAAAUUAUGUGGAUAUAUUGAAGCAACAUCUCAAGACAUCAGGCAGGAAGUUAAAGCUUGGUCGCAAAUGGGUCUUCCAAAUGAACAACAACCCCAAGCAUACUUCCAAAGUUGUGGCAAAAUGGCUUAAGGACAACAAAGUCAAGGUAUUGGAGUGGCCAUCACAAGGCCCUGACCUCAAUCCUAUAGAAAAUGUGUGGGCAGAACUGAAAAAGUGUGUGCAAGCAAGGAGGCCUAUAAACCUCACUCAGUUACACCAGCUCUGUCAGGAGGAAUGGGCCAAAAUUCACCCAACUUAUUGUGGGAAGCUUGUGGGAAGCUACCCCGAAGCGUUUGACCCAAGUUAAACAAUUUAAAGGCAAUGCUACCAAACACUAACUGAGUGUAUGUAAACCUCUGACCCACUGGGAAUGUGAAGAAAGAAAUAAAAUAUUAAAUAAAUCAUUCUCUGUACUAUUAUUCUGACAUUUCACAUUCUUAAAAUAAAGUGGUGAUCCUAACUGACCUAAGACUAAGGCUAAGGCAUAUGUAAACUUCCAACUUCAACUGUAUCUCAAUCUGGGCAAACUCCUGGGGUUACUACUAGAUAAGUCUGCAAUAUCAACACUGCUUUGUACAGACUGUCUUUAUCACAGCUCUCCUCCACCAGGAUAAGGAGCAGCAAAGUUACUCCACCCUGAAGGCCAAGGGGACCACGGCCCGUGUGUCUGGCCUGAAGCCUGGUACCAGGUACAUCUUUCAGGUCCGGGCCAGAACCUCGGCAGGCUGUGGACACUUCAGCCAGAACGUGGAGAUCCAGACCGGGAAAGCAAGUAAGAGAAUGAGAGUGGAGCACUAUUUGCAUUUGUAGAAUCUCUCAUUAGGUUUCAAAGUGCUUUGUAUUCUAUUGGUGUCUAUUGGUGCCAACUUAACCUCACCCAACACCACCUGUCUGUAGUAUUUUUACAGACUUUACUGUAGUAUUUACUGUAGUGUUUUUGCGGACUACUGUAGUAUACUAUAGUAUUCACUGUUUUUUUUGCAGAGUACUGUAGUAUACUAUAGUAUUUUUGCGGGCAUGACUAGUAUUCACUGUAGUGUUUUUGCGGACUUUACUGGAGUAUUCACGACAAACAACUCAAAAUCAAAUUAAAGUUUAUUGGGUGGUAAUGCAACAUAUUGGAUGCCAACCACCAUAAAACCUAAUUGAAGAAGAAGAAGAACAAGCUCCAACAGUGCAGUAAUACCUACCAAUAAAAAAAACUAUAAGCACAUCAUCCAGAAUUUUUUUUUGGAAUAAUAAUAUCAGAAUGAGCAAGAAUGUAAAUAAAUAUACAUAUGAUGUAUAUAAAUAUAUCCAAACAACUCUCACAAACAAACUUUCACAAACAACAACCAGUAUGCGUCAUUGAAAUGUGAGGACAAGCCUUUUAUUAUUUAAAAGAGAUUAGAAGAGGACUCCCUCACCAUUGUUUGUUUUGUAUAGUUGAUAUUGGCCACCAAUGGCGGCGAAAUGCUAACAUCUCAAACAGCCAUUUUGAGUCUAUUGAUCUGUUCUCUUUGGUACUUGUAGUUCCCUGCCAUGUAUCAUCUCCAUUAGCUGAAUCUAGAAAGACUUAAACUGAACUGCAUCUCUGCCUCCGCCAGCUCUUUAACUAGAUGGGCAUAACCCUCACCUAAACCUCAAUCAGUUACAAUCUUGUACAUGAAAAAUAUUGUAUGGCAGGCUGGGAACCAAAGUUUUGGUCAGUGGGCACCCUUAUUAAAAUCAAAUCAAAUCAAAUCAAAUUGUAUUGGUCACAUGCGCCGAAUACAACAGGUGCAGACAUUACAGUGAAAUGCUUACUUACAGCCCUUAACCAACAGUGCAUUUAUUUUAAACAAAAAAGUAAGAAUAAAACAACAACAAAAAAAGUGUUGAGAAAAAAAGAGCAGAAGUAAAAUAAAGUGACAGUAGGGAGGCUAUAUAUACAGUAAAAUAAAGUGACAGUAGGGAGGCUAUAUAUACAGGGGGGUACCGUUGCAGAGUCAAUGUGCGGGGGCACCGGCUAGUUGAGGUAGUUGAGGUAAUAUGUACAUGUGGGUAGAGUGAAAGUGACUAUGCAUAAAUACUUACUUAACAGAGUAGCAGCAGCGUAAAAAGGAUGGGGUGGGGGGGCAGUGCAAAUAGUCCGGGUAGCCAUGAUUAGCUGUUCAGGAGUCUUAUGGCUUGGGGGUAGAAGCUGUUGAGAAGUCUUUUGGACCUAGACUUGGCACUCCGGUACCACUUGCCGUGCGGUAGCAGAGAGAACAGUCUAUGACUAGGGUGGCUGGAGUCUUUGACAAUUUUGAGGGCCUUCCUCUGACACCGCCUGGUAUAGAGGUCCUGGAUGGCAGGGAGCUUUGCCCCAGUGAUGUACUGGGCCGUACGCACUACCCUCUGUAGUGCCUUGCGGUCAGAGGCCAAGCAGUUGCCAUACCAGGCGGUGAUGCAACCAGUCAGGAUGCUCUCGAUGGUGCAGCUGUAGAAUUUUUUGAGGAUCUGAGGACCCAUGCCAAAUCUUUUUAGUCUCCUGAGGGGGAAUAGGCUUUGUCGUGCCCUCUUCACGACUGUCUUGGUGUGUUUGGACCAUGAUAGUUCGUUGGUGAUGUGGACACCAAGGAACUUGAAGCUCACAACCUGUUCCACUACAGCCCCGUCGAUCAGAAUGGGGGCGUGCUCAGUCCUCUUUUUUUUCCUGUAGUCCACAAUCAUCUCCUUUGUCUUGGUCACGUUGAGGGAGAGGUUGUUGUCCUGGCACCACACGGCCAGAUCUCUGACCUCCUCCCUAUAGGCUGUCUCAUCGUUGUCGGUGAUCAGGCCUACCACUGUUGUGUCGUCGGCAAACUUAAUGAUGGUGUUGGAGUCGUGCCUGGCCAUGCAGUCAUGGGUGGUAGGUGGAGAACUUGCAGGUAUGUAUAAAAACACCCCUUUGUCAUGUUCAGGUGAUAGCUUUGUACCUGUGUAUAGUCUACAGUGAGGGAAAAAAGUAUUUGAUCCCUUGCUGAUUUUGUACGUUUGCCCACUGACAAAGAAAUGAUCAGUCUAUAAUGGUAGGUUUAUUUGAACAGUGAGAUACAGAAAAACAACAAAAAAAUCCAGAAAAACGCAUGUCAAAAAUGUUAUAAAUUGAUUUGCAUUUUAAUGAGGGAAAAAAGUAUUUGACCCCCUCUCAAUCAGAAAGAUUUCUGGCUCGCAGGUGUCUUUUAUACAGGUAAUGAGCUGAGAUUAGGAGCACACUCUUAAAGGGAGUGCUCCUAAUCUCAGCUUGUUACCUGUAUAAAAGACACCUGUUCACAGAAGCAAUCAAUCAAUCAGAUUCCAAACUCUCCACAAUGGCCAAGACCAAAGAGCUCUCCAAGGAUGUCAGGGACAAGAUUGUAGACCUACACAAGGCUGGAAUGGGCUACAAGACCAUCGCCAAGCAGCUUGGUGAGAAGGUGACAACAAUUGGAGCGAUUAUUCGCAAAUGGAAGAAACACAAAAUAACUGUCAAUCUCCCUCGGCCUGGGGCUCCAUGCAAGAUCUCACCUCAUGGAGUUGCAAUGAUCAUGAGAACGGUGAGGAAUCAGCCCAGAACUACACGGGAGGAUCUUGUCAAUGAUCUCAAGAAAACAAUUGGUAACACACUACGCCGUGAAGGACUGAAAUCCUGCAGCGCCCGCAAGGUCCCCCUGCUCAAGAAAGCACAUAUACAUGCCCGUCUGAAGUUUGCCAAUGAACAUCUGAAUGAUUCAGAGGAGAACUGGGUGAGUGUUGUGGUCAGAUGAGACCAAAAUCGAGCUCUUUGGCAUCAACUCAACUCGCCGUGUUUGGAGGAGGAGGAAUGCUACCUAUGACCCCAAGUACACCAUCCCCACCGUCAAACAUGGGGGUGGAAACAUUAUGCUUUGGGGGUGUUUUUCUGCUAAGGAGACAGGACAACUUCACCGCAUCAAAGGGACGAUGGACGGGGCCAUGUACUGUCAAAUCUUGCGUGAGAACCUCCUUCCCUCAGCCAGGGCAUUGAAAAUGGGUUGUGGAUGGGUGUUCCAGCAUGACAAUGACCCAAAACACACGGCCAAGGCAACAAAGGAGUGGCUCAAGAAGAAGCAUAUUAAGGUCCUGGAGUGGCCUAGCCAGUCUCCAGACCUUAAUCCCAUAGAAAAAUCUGUGGAGGGAGCUGAAGGUUCGAAACCUCAGCCUCGAAACCUUAAUGACUUGGAGAAGAUCUGCAAAGAGGAGUGGGACAAAAUCCCUCCUGAGAUGGGUGCAAACCUGGUGGCCAACUACAAGACAUGUCUGACCUCUGUGAUUGCCAACAAGGGUUUUGCCACCAAGUACGAAGUCAUGUUUUGCUGAGGGGUCAAAUACUUAUUUCCCUCAUUAAAAUGCAAAUCAAUUUAUAACAUUUUUGACAUGCGUUUUUCUGGAUUUUUUGUUGUUGUCGUUAUUCUGUCUCUCACUGUUCAAAUAAACCUACCAUUAAAAUUAUAGACUGAUCAUUUCUUUGUCAGUGGGCAAAUGUACAAAAUCAGCAGGGGAUCAAAUACUUUUUUUCCCUCACUGUAUAUGGUGGUGUUGCUAUUGGUUUAUUCAUGUGACCAACCAUUUUGUGAUCAUGCUGUCUUGAAGAAAUGUUUGGGGUGUUGUCGAUUGUUCUGAAUGGUAUGUGUUGAGUUUGACCAUCAGUGAAUUUAUUCAUGUGUGGCAAUAUUCAAGAUGUUCAUUAUGUAAAGACACUGCAAUAAUGUCAUUUUGUUUUCAGUUGGUUUGUUUGGAGAGGCUUUGCUGGUUUGAGGUCCAGGCAGUUUAUUAGCAGCACCCUCCAAUAAGGUGACUGUCUUUAAGUAAAGUCAUUUGUAUUUUUUAAAUAUCUAUUGUUUAUGUAAAUGCAGUGGUUAACUCUUCUUUCUUUUCUACCAUCAGAAGUACAGUAUUGUUUGUCACUGUUUUUUGUGAACUUGGUCAGCUGAAUCUCUGAAAGCAUUGUUGUAUUUCAGAAAGCUAUCUAGUGGAAGUAACAGAUCUGAGAAGUAAUUUUGGUGUCUUCUUAAUGUGUGUUAUUUAUCUGUGUCAAACAAGCAAACCUAAUCCUCUAAACUGUGUCUUAUGUUCUGGUUGAGGUGUUCUCCUCAUUAAACAGUAACUGGCGUAGUCAUUUUAGCUAACCCUAGUAAGCAGGUGUUACUACAAUAUACUACAGUAAUGUCUGCAAAAACACUACAGUGAAUACUACAGUAAAGUCUGCAAAAUCACUACAGUGAAUACUAUAGUAUGCUACAGUAAAUACUAUAGUAUACCACAGUCAUGUCCACAAAAACACUACAGUGAACACCACUGUUCUGUCCAUUUUGACACUCCACAAAGCAAGUCCUGCUCGCUCUAGUUUGAUCUUAUCUUGAUUAUUGCCCAGUCAUGUGGUCAGGAGCUGCAAAAAAGGACAAACUGCAGCUGGCCCAGAACAGAGAGGCACAUCUUGCUCUUCACUUUAAUCAGAGGGCUAAUAUCAAUACUAUGCAUGCCAGUCUGUCUUGGCCAGAGAGACUGACUGCAUCACUUCUUAUUUUUAUUAGAAACAUUGUGUUAAAUUCCAAAUUGUUGUUUUUGCGGACAUGACUGUAAUAUACUAUAGUAUUCACUAUAGUACUAUAGUAAAAACACUGCAGUGAAUACUAUAGUAAAGUCUGCAAAAACACUAAAGUGAUAAUUUAGUGCAGUGUACUAUAGUACUAUAGUAUACUGUAGUAUGUCCGCAAAAACACUACAGUGAAUACUACAGUAUAUUCCACAAAAACAAUACUAUAGUAUACUACAGUCAUGUCUGCAAAACACUACAGUGAAUACUAUAGUAUACUACAGUCAUGUACACAAAAACACUACAGUGAAUACUAUAGUAUACUACGGUCAUUUUCUCAAAAAAACUGCCAUGAAUACUACAGUAAAGUCUGCAAAAACACUACAGUGAAUAGUAUAGUAUAUAAAUAUGGUAAUACUACAGUAUUUAUACCAUAGUAUAUUAUAGUAUAUUUUCAUGUGGGACAGAAUGGUGCUGGGUUAAAGAGCCAUGAGUGUCAGUGGGACCAGGAAGCCUUCAGACAAUCCCUUAAUGCUAUAGACAUGUGCUUUGUGUGAGGGUCACCCCUGUCAGGAAAGCUGCUGCUGCUGACCUAAGCCUUAAAGAGCACUGAACACACACACACACACACACACACACACACACACACACACACACACACACACACACACACACACACACUCUCACACAAACUGGUUGUGUUGUUGUGUGUGUCCAGUUCCUCUGCGCUACGACACUAUGACCAUCAUCUGGAUCUGUAUGGCCCUGGUCUCUGGCCUGGUCACCUUCCUGGCCAUCGUCAUCUGCAGGAAACGGCAAGGCAACUCUUUCUUACACUACACCACUACCCGUGAUGUGGAUGAGUCCUCUCUGACUCUACGUCACUCAUAUACGUAUGUGGGAUAUUUCUUACACUACCUCAACAAGGGUUCAAGUAAAUUGUACCAUUGUCUCCAUAGGAUUCAUUUAUUUUAUGAUCAACAUUCAUAUUAGUAUUUUAUUUUUUAUCCUUAAUCUGUCUCUUAUGUCCUAUACCCAUAUGCAUUGAAAUCCAUAGGAUCACCUCUAAUACCCUCUAGUGGUUCUCUGUAGCUCAGUUGGUAGAGCAUGGCUCUUGCCAUGCCAGGAUAGUGGGUUUGAUUCCUCCGAUCACCCAUCCGUAAAAAAACGUAUGACUGUAAGUCGCAUUCGAUAAAAGCGUCUGCUAAAUGGGGGUAAAACAUAUUUUUUUACCCCCAUAGGCUCCAGUGCUACAGUAACUGUUCCCAUGGUGUGUCUAUCUUCAGUCCAACAGUCCCACAGUCCCACAGCAUAGGAAACCAAGGAGAUAAUCUUUCUAACGUUGUUCCACUAAUGCUUUAAUUAGCCCAGAGUAGUUCUCAGAUUAUGGCAUGUGUUUGUUAGCAGUGGAAAGUCAGGUCAUCUCCCAGAGUUUAUGCAUAGGUUGUGUUCAGACCCAGCUGAGUUUUGUACUUUUAAACAGUGAGUUUAAUUAUUAUGGAGGUUCAUGUUAGUUAAAUAACAAUGAAAAUGUUUUCACUUAUCCCUCUCCUUCUCACUUUUGAUGUCUACAACUUACAUCUUCCACAAAUAAUUUGUGGAUUUAAUUAUUUCCAACUUCAAUGCAUGAUAGCGUUUUCUGAAAGAUAGAAAGAGAGGAAAACUGUGAGAAGUGUGGAGUAUCCCCGUGUGACUCUAAACUAUUCUGAAGACUUAAAUAUCUCAACAUCCUUGGAUGAUUAAAAUGCCUUUUAGAGUUAAUUAACUGCUAUGAUGAGACAGACAAUUCGAUGCUCUAUAAACCACAUAGCUGAGAAGACUUGGAAAUAGAAAAUAGAAAACAUCAUUUUCAUUUUUCUGUGUGUGUUUGAUGUACAGACACUGUGGCUAUAGCAAGGCCUUCCAGGACUCUGAUGAGGAGAAGAUGCACUACCAGAAUGGCCAUGGUAUGUUUGUAUUAGCCUUCACUCCAGUGUGACUUGCCUGGUUAAAUAAAGGUUCAAUAAAAUAAUGUUCAUCCUCAGUGUACACAGUUCACUUCCCUUUUGAUUCAGAGUUAUUGAGGUAGAAAAUCUCAGUUCUGCAGUCUCUCUCUCCAUCCUUGCCCUCUCUCUCCCUCCUCUCCCUCUCAGUCUCUCUCUCUCCCACCCUCCUCUCUCUCUCUGUCUGUCUGUCUGUCUGUCUGUCUGUCCUGUCUGUCUGUUCUGUCUGUCUGCUGUCUGUCUGUCUUCUGUCUGUCUGUCUGUCUCCUCUCUCUCUCUCUCUCUCUCGCUCUGUCUCUCUCUCUCUCCUCUCUCUCUCACUCUCUCUCUCUCUCUCUCUCUCUCCUCUCUCUCUCUCCUCCUUCUCUCUCUCUCUCUCUCUCUCUCUCUCUCUCUCUCUCUCUCUGUGUGUGUGUAUCUCUCCCCCUCUCUCUCUAUCUACCUAUCCCUCUCAUUCCUGUGACAGUCUCAUGUAGCAUAUUGUUUCCAUCCAGUGGUAUGUGGACCAGAUGCUAAUGUUGUUUAUUUUAGUGUUAUUCCCUGACGCGCGCUUCUACAUCGACCCACACACCUACGAGGACCCCUGCCAGGCCGUCCAUGAGUUUGCCCGAGAAAUUGAAGCUUCCAGGAUCAGAAUAGAGAAAAUCAUUGGGUCAGGUAAACUGAAAAUCAUUGGCUGAGGUAAAGGCUGCGGUGUGCAGCGGAGAGGGAUGGCACAGUGGAAUCAGAGCGUCGCAUGUGGCUGUCAAUCAAACACAGAGACACACAGGGAAUACUAACAUCACACUGGCACAGCAGGACAUGGUAAGACACAGGUGUCAUAAUCAUGGCUGUUAACAAUUACCUUUAGAGUUGUAGUUGUUGAUAAGACACAUUAGACGGAAAGGGGAAAGAAUGUAAUUACGUGUUCUGUGACUUUUCAAAGCACAAAGCAGGAGAUGAGAUUAGGAACAUUUGAUUUUUGUUCGAAUUAAUCUGUCACUCAAUGAAUAGAUUAGUCUAUAUUGAGGCAUAUACUUAAACGUGUGUGUGUGUGUGUGCAGGUGAGUUUGGGGAGGUGUGUUAUGGCCGGAUGCGUCUCCCAGGGAAGAGAGACAUUCCAGUGGCUUUGAAGACUCUGAAGGCAGGAUACAGUGACAAGCAGAGGAGGGACUUCCUGGCCGAGGCAUCAAUCAUGGCCCAGUUUGACCACCCUAACGUCAUCCACCUGGAGGGAGUGGUCACACGCAGUAAAAUUCAAUUUGAUUUGAUUCAACUCCAUUUUCAGUUUGAUGCAAUUCAAUGUCUUUUCAGCGUAUUAAUUCAAUUCAAUAAGUAAGUACAUACAGUCAUUGAAAUAAGAAUGAAUAGACCAGAUGCUAAUGGAAGCUCUAACCCUGGCAAUUGACUGGUAAACUCGCAAUGGCUGCCUGGUAUUGUGAUGCAAUAAUUUCCAUGGUCUUUUGGAAUGUUCUAUCAACUGAUGCUGGAUUGCCAUGAUAAUAUAGAAUGUUCAUUCAAAUAAUGCUAACUGAUAUGGCUCAUGCAGUGGAAUGUAUUUUUGUAAUGUCAGUUAUCACAGCACAGAUUGAAGGGUACACUUCCUGCUUUUACUUCCUGGCAUGGGUACACUCAAAAUGGCUGCCAGUCCACCCAUUAUGCCAUCAUUGACUUGAAUGGAAACGCCCUUUCUAUUCAUUCUUAUUUCUAUGCAUACGCCUACCUGGUGUAAGUUACUCCUGUAUAGUUACUGUGGAAUAACUCUUCCUCUCUCCCUUCCUCCAUCCCUUAUUCCCUUACCCCCCCCCCCCCCCUCCCUUACUCCUUUCCCCCCUCAUUCCCUCCCUUUCCACCCCCCUCCCUUCCUCCAGGUAAACCAGUCAUGAUCAUCACUGAGUACAUGGAGAAUGGAUCUCUGGACUCUUUCCUGAGGGUUUGUUGCUUUUAUAAGGAUUUCAUCUAUUUUUUCCAUACGCUCUCACUCUCCCGCUCUCCCACUCUCACUCCGACUCUCACUCUCCCUCUUUCUUUCUCUUGUAGAUACUUUAAAAUAGUUUUUGAAGCACUUGACAUCUGAAAUGUCAAUCAAUAUGCCUGUAACUAACACUACAAUCUCUCUCAAUCUCAAUCCCCAUUCUUCUCCUCCUCAUCUCCUCCUCUCAGCGACAUGAUGGUCAGUUCACUAUAAUCCAGUUGGUGGGCGUGAUGCGUGGCAUUGCGGCGGGUAUGACCUACCUGGCAGACCUGGGCUACAUCCACCGCGACCUGGCAGCUCGUAACAUCCUGGUCAACAGCAAUAUGGUGUGUAAGGUGUCUGACUUCGGCCUGUCCAGAGUCCUGGAGGACGAUCCUGAUGCAGCAUACACCACCAGCGUGAGUUCACACACACUCUAAUGAUAGCUAAAUUCUAAAACUCUAAUAUACACUAGGUUAUAAUACUGUUGUAGCCCUAGUUCUCUAGUUCUGGUUCUGUUUUCUAUUCUGUGGUGAUGCCAGUGGUUGUUCUAGUUCUGGUUCUGUUUUCUAUUCCGUGGUGAUGCCAGUGGUGGUUCUAGUUCUAGUGCUGUCCUGUUCCCUUCAGGGUGGUAAGAUUCCAAUCCGCUGGACAGCGCCGGAGGCCAUCGCCUACAGGAAGUUCUCCUCGUCCAGUGACGUGUGGAGCUAUGGGGUGGUCAUGUGGGAGGUCAUGUCAUAUGGAGAGAGGCCAUACUGGAACCUCACCAAUAGAGAUGUGAGUGGAGUGGACACACACCACACACACACACACACACACACACCACACACACACACACACACACACACACACACACACACACACACACAUACAUAGUACAUGGAAACCACACACACACUCAUAAGAAAACAUGUGCAUGUGAUGAUACCUGCAUAUCUCUCUCUCUCUCUGUGUGUGUGUGUGUGUGUGUGUGUGUGUGUGUGUGUGUGUGUGUGUGUGUGUGUGUGUGUGUGUGUUUGUGUGUGUGUGUGUGUGUUGUGUGUGUGUGUGUGUGUGUUGUGUGUGUGUGUUGUGUGUGCGUGUGCGUGUGCGUGCGUGUGCGUUGCGUGUGCGUGUGCGUGUGCGUGUGCGUGUGCGUGUGUGUGUGUGUGUGUGUGUGUGUGUGUGCGUGUGUGCGCGUGUGUGCGCGCGCUUGUAGGUGAUAAAGUCAGUAGAGGAGGGCUACAGGCUACCUGCUCCUAUGGGCUGUCCAGGUGCUCUACACACUCUCAUGCUGGACUGCUGGCAGAAGGACCGCAACGAGAGGCCCCGGUUCUGCCAGAUCGUUACGGUUGUAGACAAGCUCAUCCGGAACCCGGAGAACCUCAAGUCUAUGGACACACUGUGCAGGUGAACAGGCUGCUAGGCAACCAUCUCCUGGGCAAUACAGAUUGCUUGGUAAUCAUUGGACAACGCCUUGCAAAUCCAUUCUCUACUCAUCUGUCAAACAUGAGCUGUGGGAUAAAGUUACAGCCCAAAGUUUCCCUCAAACUUCCCAGGCUGACGCGAGGGAGACAUGUUGCCUUAAGAGAGCAAGGAAUGGCCGUGUUCAUUUUCUAAUAAGAUCAUCUCUGAUAGACGUGCGCUCUGUUAAAUAAGAGCCUGGCUAUGAUAUUGACAUUGAUCGUCGGGGAAUCAGAGAGCAGAGAGAAGAGCGGCUAGAGUUAGAGUUGGACCUGUGUUAAAUUGCUUCUUUCAGAUCCAUGGUCCCAUAGAGUUACUGGUGCUGUCGGGGGAGCUGGAGGGAUGAGGAGAGGAGGAGGAGAGGGGGAGGAGGGGGGUGUUAAGGAUUUCUCCCCGUAUUAAUCUAGCCAAACCGGCCAUCCUGCAAUCAGAGCAGCCCCUUCUCUAUCAUUUUAACUGCUAUUGAUUUUCUGCCUUAGCUGCUAGUGCAUUUCAAUACCUUUUUUUCCUCUCCACCUCUUUUUUUCCACAUCUCUCUCUUGGUUCAUGCCUCCCCUCUCCCUUCUGUCUGUAUAUUUUUCCUAUCUCCUUUUCUUCCUCUUUCUCUUUAGUCGUCGAAUUCUCUGGGUCUCCUGGUUGCCUCUUGGAGAUCUGGAGAUUAACGUUGGCGAUUGGUAUUCUCUCGUCUACAGAAGCUAAGCAUCUCUAGGUUCUCACUUCUCUCGCUCUCUGCCUCUCUUCCUCUCUCUCUCUCUCUCUCUCUCUCUCUCUCUCUCUCUCUCUCUCAGGUUAGGCACACCACCCAUGAUGGACAGAAGUAUCCCAGACUUCAGCAGCUGUAGUUCUGUGGAUGAGUGGCUGGACACCAUCAAGAUGGGCCGAUACAAGGACCAUUUUGCUGCAGGAGGCUACCUGACCCUAGGCCACAUCAUAGGCAUGAACCAAGGGUGAGAGGCAAGGCCAGGGCAUCACACUCCAAUCACAUCAUCCAAAUGUCAUCGAUGCUUAACAGUAAUUUAGGCUCUGUGUGAGUGUGAGUAUGUGUGUGUGUGUGUGUUCAUAUGUGUGAUGAGUAUGUUCAUGUGUGACUCUGUUCCAUCUCUGUGUGUCCUACAGGGAUAUCCACAGGCUGGGGGUGACACUGAUGGGCCACCAGAAGAAGAUCAUGACCAGUGUACAGCUGAUGCGUGUCCAGGUGCUCAACAGAAGUGUGCCCUCAGUGCACGUA